AAAGUUCACUUCCCUUUUGGGCUGGGUGAUAUGUAAAAAAAAUAUUUUAACGAUAAUCGCCUUUAAAAUAUCGCGAUAUCCGAUUAUAUGGUCAACACCCCUGCCAAGGGUCAGUGAAUAUUUUUGCUUUAUUGAUUUAGCUUUAAAAAUUAAAUUAAUUGAAACAUGAAAAACUUAAAAGACAUUUCCAAAUUCAAAUUGCACUUUAAACGAAAUGAAAAAAGCAAUUAAAAUAAUGAAGUGAUUAAAAAAAUCUUAUAUAUAACCACCUCCCCAAAUCCAAACAUUUACCGUCUACAACGGCCCCAUUUGCUAUCACGCAAGCAUCUGUCAAUGACACCAGAUGAAAAAUUACUAAUAGCCUACAAAUUAAGAUCUAAAGACAAUUAUAAAUGUAAAGAUAAUAAUAAUCAUAAUAAAUAAGCCUCAUAAAUUCGCUUGUGUUCCCAAAAAAUGCUGCCAAAUGUGUGUUCUUAUCGAAUGUGUUUGUAUUGCGUUUUGGUAAUACAGUUAAUUCUGCCUAAAGAAAAUAAAAUAGAACUCAAUUUUAGGUUCAAGGUGAACGUGUCUUGUAUUACUUUAUGAUUUAAUCACUUCCGUCUUUUUUUUCUUUAAAACAAAGAUACCUGUAUAUAUUACUGAACCUGCAGUUGUGUUCACAAUGUGUAAGAGCGAACUGCUCCGUGGAAAUAAAGCGAAACUUGCAGCACCUCUCGAGGUGAUUGGAGAUCAUUUGCAGCAUUUUCAUAGUCUACAUUAUUCUUGCAAACAGUUUACAUUCGAAUGAAACAGAGAAAAAGGAGUGAAAACUCUUUACAUGCGCGUGUUCCACUAGACAGUGUCCUGCUGCACGCCUCUGAACAAACAGCGAAUCAGACACAAGCAUUGAUGGCUUUUCUUUUGUCUGUUCAUAAAAAUAUAAUUAAGUGUGUUUCUUCAAGCUUGAUAAUGGGCUUUGUGACCAACAGCAUUUCUUUCAUGUGUCACUCCGAGACAUCUUACAGGUCACCCGCCUGUUGCGGGUAGAUGAGCAAAAUUACUCGCGCAUGAAACGAGGAGCCCGCGAGCUGGAUUGAGCCUCGUCGCAUUUGGAAUGUGGCGGGUGCUAUUUCACACCCUGGGCGCACACAAAAAAAUAACGAAUGUUCAUAAAAUCGCUUAUAGAAAAUGCUCUUAACAGCUAAGAUCAAUAGUUAUUGGGAAACGAGGCCCAGAACUCUAUGCAUGUUAAUGUCUUGGAAAAGUGCAUUCUUGCACUCGUGAAUAGCAGAGCUCACAUCAAAUCAGACGCGCAUCUUGCAUCUGUUCUUCAAAAUAUAAUCAUACGUUUCGUCAAACGUGCGUCUUUGUGUCUAAUUUCUUGUAAUAUAUCACUCCUAGAAGUCUUACAGGUCGCUUUCCACACUGGCCGGUACAUCAGCAAAAUACUCCGCAUGAAAAAUCCGCAUUUGGCGGGUGUUCAUUUCAAACCUUGUUCACCAGGAGUAGGCUGUAUGACAAAUUCAGGAGAAAGGAAAUCAAAACAGUUUGCAAUUGCACCCACACUUUCUGCAGGAAAAUUAUCUCUAGAAAGUUUUAAACGAUCAUGUGUUUGUGAAUGGUGAGACACCCGGAAAGUCACUUGAUUUUUAACAAAGAGCCACUUGUAGCUUGUGAGCCAUAGGUUCCCGACCUCUGCUCUAAGGGUUUAUAUUUACUGAAUAACACAAUGAAGUAGAGGUCGGUCGAUAUAUUGGUUUUGCCGAUUAAUCGGCACCGAUAACAGAUUUCUGGAACUAUCGGUUAUUGUCAAAAAUCCAUACCGAUCGUUUAUCCCCAUUGUGGCCGGUGCUGGAGCGGCUGGGAAGAGUCUGCCGUCGUUAUACGGUAUGAGAGCGGCCUCUAGAGGUGAAAUUAUCAAACUCACUUCACUGAUGCCUUGUGGUGUUUGUUUUGACACGUGAGACUACACUGCAUGGAGGGGAACACUUCAGAUGCAGAUUUAAAACAUCAACAAUGAAAAGGUGCGUCACAGAGCCUCAGACCAGGUAAUGGCUCUGAAGAUGAACAAGCUGAGCAGUAACCGUGCCAACAUGUUACGAGAGGUUCAGCUCAUGAACAGACUCUCCCACCCCAACAUCCUCAGAUUCAUGGGUGUGUGUGUGCAGGAAGGUCAGCUCCAUGCUCUCACAGAGUACAUUAAUGGUGGCAACUUGGAGCAGCUCCUGGACAGCAAUAAGUACCUGAGCUGGGCCACACGGGUCAAGCUGGCCUUAGAGAUUGCUAUGGGCCUUAGUUAUCUUCACUCCAAGGGCAUUUUCCACAGAGAUCUCACCUCCAAGAACUGCCUGAUCAAAUCAGAUGAGAAUGGUUACACUGCAGUUGUUGGAGACUUCGGCCUUGCUGAGAAAAUCCCAAGUCAUGAUUAUGAAGGGGAGAAGCUGUCCGUUGUGGGUUCUCCUUUCUGGAUGGCUCCAGAGGUGUUGAGAGACGAGCCUUACAACGAAAAGGCUGAUGUCUUUUCGUAUGGCAUUAUUUUAUGCGAGAUCAUUGCAAGGAUACAGGCUGAUCCAGACUUCCUACCACGCACUGAAAACUUUGGCCUGGAUUACCUCGCCUUCCAGCACAUGGUUGGAGAUUGUCCUCCUGACUUCCUACAGCUCGCCUUCAACUGUUGCAAUAUGGAUCCAAAGUUCAGACCCUCAUUUCCAGACAUAGGAAAGAGACUGGAGGAGAUCCAGAAAAAGCUGAAAGCUGAAGAUUCUGAGAGGGAGAGGAUGCUGUUAGCUGCAGUGGAGGUGGAGAAAAAACCCAUCCCGAAAGGUCCUGGUGAUAAGGGCAUAAAGAGGUUAAAUUCUCUUGGUUUUCAGAACAAGAUUCCACCCAAGUCGCCCCGGCCACAUCGCAACAUCUGGCUCUCCCGCAGCCAGUCGGACAUCUUCUCUCGUAAGCCCGGCCGCAAAGUGAACGUCCAGGACCCUUACUACAACCCCGGACCCAGGGGGUUCAUAGAUGGGGUACCAAAAGUCAACCCUUUCAGUGCCAGAGAGGACCUCAAAGGUGGCAAGAUCAAAUUUUACGACAUGCCCAGCAAGUCAGUCUUCUCGCUCAUGUUUGAUUUGCACUCGCCCCACGGCAGUCAGAGUUCAUACCAGCCUCACCCCAAUAUCAGCACAGGAGCCUCUGGCAUCAACUGCUCCACAUCUUCCUGGCAAGAACCAUGGCAGGUGCCAGUUCGGCAGUGUCACUCUCUCCCCGUCUCUCCCCAGCUUCCCCACUCAGAGGCCGCCUUCUCAUUUCAAACCGCAUUCAGAAGUGAGGCAGGACAGGCUAUCGGUGAAAGCAGGCAGAGAGCUGCGAGUGGCUGGGCUAAGAAGUAUGCAGUAAUGGAGAUUCCUCCAUACAGACCGCGAGGUGAAAGAGAGGAAGAAGGGUCGGUGGAGAGCUGGUCUUCUCUGGUCCCCUCUGAUGGGGGAGUCCCAGAGGCCAUGGACUGCUCCAGCAGCAGAGGAAGCCCUUUGAAUGAUAAGGAGACAGUCCUCAGCCAGAUGCAGAACAGAAGGAUCGGUGGCUUCUGUGAGGACAUGGAGGCAGAAGACCAGGAGGACGUGUUGAUCGCAAAUGAUAAUGCCCUCACUCCGAGCAUGACUGGGGAACCCCAGGAACUCUGUGCGAUAGUCCUUACAGCCUGCAAAGCCUCCACAUCAGCAGACCUUCUCUCCAGGUGUGAUAUCUAGAUGGCUGUAGAGAGCACACCAGCAUGACUGAGGAGAUUGUUGUCUUAGAACAGAGGGACACUUACUCGAGCUUGAACUGAUCAGAUGUCAUGCGAACAAAGAUUAAUUUCAUGUUUAAUAUGUAAUACACCUAAAGAUGUAAAUAUUGUUUCUUGGAAGAAAGGAAGUCCUUGUAACUUAAGCUUACAGGGCUUGGACUGUACGAUAGAAAUGAGUCUGAAAUGACAGCUGGAAACAGAGGUGUGAAACACUGAUCUGGUCCAUGCAGUAGUUGUCCCCCAUCACACUAUGAAGAACUCCAAAUGAAGGAAGACAGAAUGGACAUCACCGGGGCUAAUGAUAAGACACAAUCUGUGACUUUUUUGUUGUUGUUUAAAGUGUGAUAUGCUAUUGUUUGCACAUACCACAAAUGCUGUUUUGUUGUUUUUUUAACUUGCUUGGAAUUUGUCCACAAACUGUAAACUAUAUCCAGCACAUAUUUCAGUGAGCAGCUUUGGCCAUCUCUAUGUGUUGGCUUUUGUUUCAGAAGAGAAUGAAGAAGAAAUCUCUAGGAGAAAGGUGAUUGCAUAUCUUUUCUCAUGUUUUUUGCACUGCGUGGGCCUAGCAAAAAAAAAUCUGUGACAAACAUUCCAUGUUUUCAUUGUGUUGUUAUCCAUCCUACUCGCAUCUUAAAAGCUCCUGUGAGUUUCGAUCCUCUACUAAUAGUGCGUGCCAGUCAUUUCAGAACAA